UGUCCUCCGGAGGCCCAGUCGUUUCUAUCCGGGCCCGCGGGGGUGGGUUCCAUCAGACUCUUAGGGCAAGAGGUGGGCCGGAGUAGAGAUUGCCCGAGCAUUCGGGGCGGGGACGGGAUCUUGCCGCAGUUCGCUACUGCAGUCAUCCAAGGACACUGCCAUUUCCUAAGAGAGAAGCCAAGAGGAAGAAACAAUGGCUGUUGGACUUCUUAAAGCCAUGUACCAGGAGUUGGUGACCUUCAGAGAUGUGGCUGUGGACUUCUCCCGAGAAGAGUGGGACUGUCUAAAUUCUUCUCAAAGGCAUCUGUACAGUAAUGUGAUGUUGGAGAACUACAGGAUCUUGGUGUCCUUAGGACUUUGCUUUUCUAAGCCAAGCGUGAUAUUAUUAUUGGAACAAGGGAAAGAGCCCUGGAUGGUGAAGAGAGAGCUGGCAAAAGGCUUGUGCUCAGGCUGGGAAUCUAUGUGUGAGACUGAAGAGUUAACCUCAAAGCAGGAUAUUUAUGAAGCACAAUCAUCUCAGAUGAUACUAGAAAAACUUACAAGCUGCAGCCUUGAGUAUUCCAGUUUAAGAGAAGAAUGGAAAUGUGAGGACCAUUUUGAGAGACAGCCAGUAAAUCAGAAGGGAUGUUUCAAGGAAGAGACAAUCACUCAUGAAGAAGCCCUUGUUAAUAAAAGAGCACAAGAAUAUAACAAAUCUUGGGGAAGGUUCCAUCCAAACACACUGCUUCAUACACAACAGAUAACCACCAAAGAGGAGAAAGUACAUAAACAUGAUACACAUAAGAAAAGCUUUAAAAAGAAUUUAAUGGCCAUUAAGCCCAAGAGUAUCUAUACAGAGAAAAAACUUUUGAAAUGUAAUGACUGUGAAAAAGUCUUUAGCCAGAGCUCAUCUCUUACUCUUCAUCAAAGAAUUCAUACUGGAGAGAAACCAUAUAAAUGUGUAGAAUGUGGAAAAGCCUUUAGCCAGAGAUCAAAUCUUGUUCAACAUCAGAGGAUUCAUACUGGAGAGAAACCCUAUGAAUGUAAGGAAUGUAGGAAAGCGUUCAGUCAGAAUGCACACCUAGUUCAACAUCUGAGAGUUCAUACUGGAGAAAAACCUUAUGAAUGCAAAGUGUGUAGGAAAGCCUUUAGCCAGUUUGCAUACCUUGCUCAACACCAGAGAGUUCAUACUGGAGAGAAACCUUAUGAAUGUAUUGAAUGUGGAAAAGCAUUUAGCAAUAGAUCAUCUAUUGCUCAACACCAGAGAGUUCAUACUGGUGAGAAACCUUAUGAAUGUAAUGUCUGUGGGAAAGCAUUUAGCCUUCGUGCAUACCUUACUGUACACCAGAGAAUACAUACUGGAGAAAGACCCUAUGAAUGUAAGGAAUGUGGGAAGGCUUUCAGCCAGAAUUCACAUCUUGCUCAACAUCAGCGAAUUCAUACUGGAGAAAAACCUUAUAAAUGUCAAGAAUGUAGGAAAGCAUUCAGCCAGAUUGCCUACCUUGCCCAACAUCAACGAGUUCAUACUGGAGAGAAACCCUAUGAAUGUAUUAAGUGUGGGAAGGCUUUUAGCAAUGACUCAUCCCUUACUCAACAUCAGAGAGUUCAUACUGGAGAGAAGCCUUAUGAAUGUAACGUUUGUGGAAAGGCUUUUAGUUACUGUGGAUCCCUUGCCCAACAUCAGAGAAUUCAUACUGGAGAAAGACCCUAUGAAUGUAAGGAAUGCAAGAAAACUUUCAGACAGCAUGCACACCUUGCUCAUCAUCAGAGAAUCCAUCUUGGGGAGUCACUCUCACCACCCAAUCCAGUCAAUCACCAAGUUCUCUAGACACUAUCUCAUAAAUAUUUCCAGAAUUUAUACCUUUUUUUUUCUAUCUCUAAUGUCAUCCUACUCUAAGAUUCAUCUCACCUCGAUCACCAUACUGUAGCCUUCUAAUAGAUCUUCCUCUAUCAACUUUUGAUCCCCUUAAAUUCAUUUCCCACCAUGCCCCAAACUGAUUUUUUUUUUUUAGUGUAAGAAUACAUCACUGCUUCCAAUUAAAACUUUUUUUUUUUUUGGUUUACUAUUGUUCUUAAGCUAAUAUCCUCAGUCUUUAAAUUGUUCAUGAGGUGCUUCAUUAUCUGGUUCUUACAUACUUUUCAGUCUUAUUUUAUUCCAGUCUCCUUCACUGAGCACUAGGCACUUCCCAGGACUAAGAGCUUAGAUUCUGGAAAAUCAGCUCUGCAACUGCUGUGGCAUUGUAUGACUUUGAGUAAUUUGUUGGACUUUUCUAAACCUCAGGGUUUUCUUUAAUUCUUAAAAUAGGGAUAAUAAAAGACACUGUAUUGUAGAACUGUAAUUAUUAAAUGAUAUAGUGUCUGUUGUAAAUUGAUGCAUAUAAAGGAAUAAAUUUGCAUGUAGAGUGCUUCACAUAGCAUAUCAAUUAUAGCAGAUAUUGAAUAAAUCAUAAUAGCUUACGUGUAUUGAGUGCCUACUCUGCACCAGGCACUGUUCUACAUACUCAGCAUAUAUUAACUUACUUACUCCUCACAGCUAGAACAAAACUCCUCAAUGGACAAAGUAGAACAUCCCUGGGAAGCAGCAGGUCAGAACUGAGAAAACCUGAAAAUUUUAGAAACAUAAGUGGGAGUCUUUGUACUCUAGAUACGUAAUCAGUAUAGGCAAUAAGUAGUAGAACUAUUGACACCUAUAACCAGUUUUAGGAAGUUUCUAAAGAGAAUUGGAUAAACCAAUUAAUAUAAGGAAAAUGAAGAUUGACUUAGAAGAAUAACUGAGUAUCAUAACUCCAAAUAACCAAUAAACAGAAGUUCUUACUGCCCCAUAAAAAUGUACCAGUCCCACGCAACUGUAUGGGCGAAUCUGGGUAAUUUAAAAAGCAUUUAAAUUGUUCCAUACCACAGAAAAAGUAUAAAGUUUGUAAAUGUUUUAGCCAGUGGUUGUAAAAUUUAAACCAAACCAAUUGAGGGUAGAAACCUACAGACAAAUAUAUAUAUAGGAUUUCAUAUAUAUGUUAUAUAUAUGAAUAUAUAAAAUAUAUAUAGGUUUUCAUAUAUAUAUUUCUCCUUCAGUGAAUAUUGAGUACCUACUGUUUGCUGAACAUGGUUUUAGACACAAGGAGACAAUAGUGAUCAACACUAAGACUGUGUCUUCAUGGAGUUAAAUUUCAAGGGCUAAAAUCAUUAAUACUUAAAUAUAAAACAAUAGGUUUUCUUGACCCAGCAAAAUGAAGAAUAAUAAACUGAGGAGUAUUAUAUGGUCUAGGCUGAAGAGACUCAGCAUAAUAAAAUUGUCAGUUAUUCCUAAUUCACAAAUUCACUCCAAUUAGAACCAAAAUUCCUCAGGUAUUUUUUCCUUUUAAUUUCACAGCUUUGUUCUAAAUUCAUCUAUGGAGUGUGAAUUCUUAAGAAAAGCAAGACAGCUGUCGAAUCUGGAAAUAGGUCAUAUGAUAAAGAUGGUUUAGACCCAUAGAGAAAAGAUGGAUUUGCGGUAUUAGAAUUGUUUAUAUCCAUUACAGUAAGGGAAAAGCAAAUAGGACCACAGUGAACUAUUUCAAAACUAUCACAUUGGCAAAAGCAUCAUAGUACCAAUUACUGGAAAGAUGUAGAGCAGUAGGAAUGUUCAUACAGUGCUAUUGGAAGUAGUUGUUAUUUAGGAUAAUUAGCAAUAUCUAGUAAAGUUGAAAAUGCAGAUACUCUCUGAUCCAGCAGUUCCACACUUCAACCUCAUAGUCUCUCCUCUCCUCAUGUGUCUAGGCAGAUGUACAUGAAAGUCUAUUUCAGUAUUAUUUAAGAAUGAAAAGCUUAAAGCAAUCAAAUUACCAUUAGGGUUAAUGUUAAGUUAGAGCUCAAGUUAAAAAGAAUGAAGUAGAGAUAUUUCUGUCAACAUGGAUAAAUCUUAAAACAAUAUUAAUGAAAUUGAACUAGGCAGUACUUUGUAUGAUAUGGUACCAUUUAUAUAAAGUUUGAAAGUAUGCAAAUUGAUGCUAUGUGUAUUUUCCAUGACUAAAUACCAUAUAGAUUUAGUGUAACAACAUUCAUGGAAAUAGUAAUUCCAAAACAGUGGUGACCUUUAGCGGGGGAGAAAAUGAGCUUGAGAAAAUGAUGCAAAGGAAGAUAUCUGUUAAUCACUUCUUUAAAAAAUAAGCAAAUAUGGCCAAUUCUUAUAAAUUGAUAAAGCUGGUUGG